GGUGGGCGGGGCGACCCGCGGUUCCUCCUCCGCUUAGGGUGGUCGGUCAGCGGCAGGAGAAGGCUAUUGCUUCGCUAGCUGCCGCACGGUGUCCUCAGCUGCGCGUGAAGUGGUCCUGUGGCAGGAUGAGUGCGGACUCGGACCCCGUGGUUAUCGUCUCGGCGGCGCGGACCGCCAUAGGCUCCUUCAAUGGUGCCUUGUCCACCGUUCCUGUCCAUGAGCUGGGCUCAACCGUCAUCAAAGAAGUCCUGAAGAGGGCCGCCGUGGCUCCCGAAGAGGUGUCGGAGGUCAUAUUUGGACACGUUUUGGCAGCGGGUUGCGGGCAGAAUCCUACUCGACAAGCCAGCGUGAGUGCGGGGAUCCCUUACUCUGUUCCGUCGUGGAGCUGCCAGAUGAUCUGCGGGUCGGGCCUCAAAGCCGUGUGCCUCGCAGCCCAGUCCAUCAGGGUGGGGGACUCCAGCAUCGUGGUUGCCGGGGGCAUGGAAAGCAUGAGCAAGGCUCCUCACCUGGCUCACCUGAGGACGGGAGUCAGGAUGGGGGAAGCACCGCUGGUGGACAGUCUUCUCUGCGAUGGCCUCGUGGAUGCGUUUCACAAGUACCACAUGGGCGUCACGGCUGAAAAUGUAGCCAAAAAAUGGCAAGUGAACAGAGAAGAUCAGGACAAGCUGGCGGUUCUGUCCCAGAACAGGACAGAGAGCGCCCAGAAGGCUGGCCAUUUCGACAAGGAGAUUGUGCCAGUUUGUGUCACUUCCAGAAAAGGCCUCACGGAAGUCAAAACGGAUGAGUUUCCUCGCCACGGGUGCAACAUGGAAGCCCUGUCUAAACUGAAGCCUUACUUCCUCACGGAUGGGACGGGGACUGUGACCGCCGCGAAUGCUUCAGGCAUCAACGACGGCGCUGCGGCGGUGGUUCUCAUGAGGAAGUCGGAAGCCGACGCCCGGGGGCUGGCACCUCUGGCCCAGAUCGUCUCCUGGUCACAAGCCGGCGUGGAGCCUUCCAUUAUGGGGACAGGACCGAUCCCGGCAAUAAAGCAAGCUGUUGCAAAAGCAGGUUGGUCACUGGAGGACGUGGACGUAUUUGAAAUCAACGAAGCCUUCGCAGCCCUGUCUGUCGCAGUGGCUAAGGAGCUUGGAUUGAACCCGGAGAAGGUCAACAUUCAAGGAGGGGCAAUAGCCCUGGGGCACCCUCUUGGGGCAUCCGGCUGCCGCAUCCUGGUCACCCUGCUACACACGAUGGAGCGGCAGGGCGGGCGCCGCGGCGUCGCUGCCCUGUGCGUCGGGGGCGGGAUGGGGAUAGCAAUGUGUGUCCAGAGGGGGUGAGCCUGCCGGGCCCGCCUGAGCCUCAUUUCCCUCUGCACUAGUGAGACACUGACACGAGAACAGGACCAACGUGAGGCUGGACGCCCCCUUCCAGUUCACAAGAACCCAGGGGAGGCUGACAGCUGGUCAUACUUUAAUGUGGGAUACACAAGACAGCCACACCCCAGAGUGUUAUAAAUAAGAGCGAAUCAGGUCAGUCAUCGAGGUCUCCUGAAUGAACGGCAUCUUCGUACCCUCCAUGCUUAUCAUCUUUGCUUUCUGGGUGUAACUUAAUGAGAUCAUCAAUCCGGAGAAUGGUAAUUGCAGCUUCUGUUGCAAAUUUCAAACUCUUCACUUUAACGAUGGUUGGUUCAAACACUCCUGCCUGUUUGUUGUCUCGAGGUUUGCCGUUAAUCAGAUCAAGACCAAUC